AACCAGUGCUGUCUUCCUUAGGACAAUCGAAUAUGGGGCGGUGGGAUAGAUUUCCUGAUCGGCAGGAAGAAGCUGAUAAUUGCUCAGAAUCUGUGAAAUUUGAUGCUCAUUCAAUGACAGCCUUCCUUCUGCAGAAUCCGAAAAACGGCCCUGCUCUUCAGGAGAAACUGAAAUCUUUCAAAACGGCACUGAUUGCCCUUUACAUCCUCGUGUUCGCCCUUCUCAUCCCCGUCAUCGGGAUAGUGGCAGCUCAAUUCCUGAAAUGGAACACAAAAAUUUGCUCAGUUGAUUCCGUUAAUUCAGCUUAUCUAUCUCAAAAUCUCACGAGAAACAGAGGAACUGAAAUGAGAUUUCAAGAAGUUGUGAUGGAACGCAUAAGCACCAUGGAGAAGAGAAUCCAAUCCCUUUCAAAUACGGAGGACGACCUUAUCGACACAGGCUAUUUCCAGAAUUUCAGUGUGAAAACCGAUGAAAGAUUUAAUGAUGCUCUUUUCAAGAUAAGUACCUUACUUUCCUCCGUGAGUGGACAUGAAAAUAUAAUAAAUGACAUCUCCAAGUCUUUAAUGAGUCUGAAUACCACAUUGCUUGAUUUACAGUUAAAUGUAGAGGCACUGAAUAGCAAGGUUCAAGAGAAUGCACUGAAAGAACAAGAAGAAAUCAGAAAACUAGAGGCUUGUGUGUACAACGCAUCAGCAGAAAUCAAGUCUCUGAAAGAAGAACAAGUGCAUUUGGAAGAGGAAAUAAAAGGAGAUGUGAAACUGUUGAAUAACAUCACGAACGAUCUCAGACUGAAAGACUGGGAACAUUCUCAGACAUUAAGAAACCUUACUUUAGUUCAAGGUCCUCCUGGACCCCCAGGGGCAAAAGGAGAUAGAGGAAUUACUGGAGAAAAUGGUACACCUGGACUUCCAGGUCCCAUAGGUCCUCGAGGCCUUAAAGGUGAUCGGGGAGCAAUUGGCUCAUUUGGAAGUCGAGGAGCUCCAGGCCCACCCGGGAAGACAGGGAACCCAGGUUUUCCUGGACGUAAAGGCCAGAAAGGAGAAAAAGGAAGUGGAAGCAUGCAAAGACCAGUACAACUUCUCUGAUCAUAUUAGGGCAGGACCCUUUUAAGAUCAGAUGGGUUGGGUAGGACACCUUCUGCUACCAUCUCAAUAAAAGACCCUUCAUCUCUGGACAAAUCAUCAGCACAACUGACUUCCAAGAUCCCUUUCUGACUCCACCAAGUGACCUUGGUUCCCGUCUUUUUCGGCUCUGCAUGGCAUCCUCUCCUGGUCCUUGGUGAUGUUUGGGCCUCUGCUCUCAUGUCCAUCUCUCUUCUGACUCCAGUACCCCAAACCUACCACCAUCCCCCAGUACACCUACCCUGGAUGCCUUCAAUGAACUGGCUGGCAGACUGCUACAACCAGUUCCAGAUUAUAGAACAAGAGCCCUCUCCCAUUUAUUCAACUAGUAACACACUGGUUUUAGGAGAAACUUCAUGGUUAUUGAUUGUAUGUGGUUUCUUUAUAUUUAGAACAUUAGGCAUAGGAAUGACAUAAAAAUGAUUUAUUCAACUAAUCAAGAUAUUUCCAUUGUGGACCUACUGGAACUAAGAAGGUAAACAUCAUUUGUAGUCCUACAGAGCCAAUCAUCCAUCGAAAUAUAGACAAGUAAAUGAGUAAUUGUACCACAGCAAAGCUAUACAGGGUGAAGUAUAAGAAAAUAGUUAUUCAGAGGAGAUACAGAUUUAAUUCCUUAGGAUAUUAAGAAAGUUUAUUUUGACUUAUUUUACCUUCAUGUCUUAUUCUCCAUAUUAUACAGUAUUUUCCUCCAACCUCUAAAAGGGCAGAGAUGGAGCUUGGAUAAUAUAUUUAACACAUUGAAGCUAAACUAAAUCUUUUUUCCUCCUAAAUUACCUGGUCAUUUCAAGCAAAAUGUCUGGAUUAUGGAAAUAUAAAAAAUUCUUUGUAUUUUACCUCGUCAAUAUAGAGUCUGGAGCCUUGUGUAGUGAAGAAAGGAACAAUGGUAUACAAAGGAAAACAAAACCGACAACAACAAAAAGAAUAGAAAAGUGUGAGAUUCCUUGUUUCUGAGAGCCUCUCUACUGAUUAACAAGCCAAAUUUUUCAUAGCUCUCCUUUCUUUGCAUUUUAAUAUAUAUCCCUCAGUUCAUAUAAGUUCUAGUAGAAUUCUCAGCAGUAUGUCUAUCUGUAGCUCACUGUUUCUGUUCCUUCCCUGGUAAAAUGGACAUCUUCACACCUACCUCACAGGGCUGUUGUGAGGAUCAAAUAAGGUAUUGUGUGUAAAGAUGCUCUGUAAAAUCAUAAAGUGCUUUAAAUGCAUCAGA